UUGAGGUGGUCUUCUAUACGAUUUAUAGCCUAACCCAGUGGAUCAAUCAAUAUCUACAUAAAGGAACUUCUGAAAAACAAGAUCAAAUAAAGGCCAAUAGCAAUCAAAACACAUCAACCAGGGAGAGAAAAUGGAGAGCUCAUCAGACCUGAUGAUCGGAAUGGAGAGCCGUUUGGUUCUUAUGUGCAUCGACGCCGCGACUCAAAGCAGAGACACCGUCGAGAAGUGGCGGAGACAGCGACGCACUAUUGAACGCAUGCCGUCUCAGCUCGCCGAGGCUCUCCUCCGUCGCCUCCUCCGUCGCCGACUUCUCUACCCUUCUCUACUCGAAGUUUUUAAACGAAGCGUUGAAGAGAUUGAUCUGAGAGGUGAGAACCAUGUGGAUGCGGAGUGGUUGGCAUACUUGGGUGCAUUUCGAUACUUGCGCUCAUUGAAUGUUGCAGACUGCCAUAGAAUCAAUAAUUCUGCUCUUUGGGCCCUUACUGGUAUGACAAACUUAAAGGAAGUGGACCUUUCUAGAUGCUCUAAGGUUACUGAUGCUGGCAUUAGGCAUCUUUUGUCCAUUCCAUCUUUGGAGAAAUUAUGCAUAUCACAAACAGGUGUGACUGGAGAUGGAGUUACACUUCUCGCUUCACUAACAAACUUGUCCGUGUUGGAUUUGGGAGGCUUACACAUCACUGAUCAGGCACUAAGUUCUCUGCAGGUUCUGACGCAACUGCAGUACCUGGAUCUCUGGGGGAGUGAAAUAUCUAAUACAGGAGCUGCUCUCCUUAAAAUGUUCCCAAAGUUGAGUUUCCUGAAUUUGGCUUGGACCAAAGUUACAAAUUUGCCGAAUUUGUCCUCUCUUGCAUGCCUAAACAUGAGUAAUUGCACAAUACAUUCUCUUUUGGAAGGAGUAGGCAACAAAGCCCCUCUGACAAAACUUAUUCUCUCUGGAGCUACAUUCUUCGAUGUUUCUGAAGCCUUGUUAUACGUCCAAACCAGUUUCCUGUCUUUCUUAGAUUUAUCCAACUCUUCCCUUAUGAGAUUCUUCUUUUUGCCUUAUAUGAGUGCACUAAAUUAUCUGGAUCUCAGUGGCACUCCAAUGGGAGAUGAUGGAGUUGAACAGAUUGCAUGUGUAGGAGCAAAUUUAAGAUAUUUAAAUCUCAACAAAACAAGAGUAAGCUCUGCUGGAGUUAGAAUUUUAGCUGGACAUGUUCCCAAUCUUGAAACUAUAUCAUUGUCUCAGACAGCAACUGAUGAUCUGGCUAUCUCAUACAUUAGCAUGAUGCCUGCAUUAAAAGUCAUCAAACUGGGCAGUAUGUGUAUCAAAGGUUUCAUCAACCAGGUAGGCGCCGAGCCAGUCCCAUCACUUACAGCCCUGAAAAAUCUCCAGUUUUUGGAAAAGUUGGAUUUGGAUGAGACACAGAUUAGGGAUGCAGCACUCUGCCCUCUAUCAACCUUCCGAGGACUAAGCCAUUUAUCUGUCAAAAGUGCUUCCCUUACAGACAUGUCUUUGUACCACUUGUCAUCCAUCCAAAAGUUGAUAAAUCUCAGUAUUCAUGAUGCUGUGUUGACCAAAACUGGGCUUGAUUCAUUUACUCCGCCAGCAACAUUGAGAGUGCUGGAUAUGAGGGGUUGUUGGCUCCUGACAAAGGAUGUUCUCUUGGAAUUUUGUAAGAGGUACUCCAAUAUUGAAUUGAGGCAUGAACUCGUCCAUAUCCUCCCAUCUGAAACAGAUGGCUUUCCGUCUACAUCACGAGUAUCUUCAAAAACUUUGAAAUCGAAACAGAAGCUGGGAAAACAGGCCAUAUUAUCCUCUAAUUCCCUGAAGGACAUGUUUAUAGAUCAGCGGUUGAAGUAUAGCAGAGAAGAACUACUUGCACUGCAGUUUUCAUCCAUGUCACUUGCUCCUUCCGAUGGUAGAGGUUAUCUGAUGCCCGAGUAAGUAGUCAGUUUAUGGAAUAACUUCCUUAACUUUGCCAAAGUCCGUUAUAUUUUGAACGAAAAAGAAACGUUAUUCUUUCUGCCUGCCAAUGAAUCUGGGAUGGCGAGGUAUGUCCUCUCAUUUGUUUUGUAGAAAAAUUACUCCAUAACUAAUUCACAGACCUCGGUGUUCAAUUAAAAACAAUUCAAUACUUGUGCUUCCAAUCUUUUGAUGAUCC